AUGGAUUGCCCCAAGCAGAGCGAGUUGGCUGGCCUCCCCUACGACGCCUUGGUGGAGAUCCUCGCGCCUCCCCGCCAGCCGAGCAACGUCGACUGGACCGUGGAAGAUUUCGAUUUCAUCAACCUUUUACCGAGAUCCGUGCCUCUCGACAUCGAUCCUCGCUUCUCUUUCCUGACCACGGGGCGGCCCGAGAUUGAGGAUCUCGUCUUCGCGGAUUCCUGCAAUGGGCUCUUCCUCUUCCAACAUGUCCGGAUGUCAGACUCAUUUGACAUGUUGGGCUACAUCGUGUGCAACCCGGCGACAAAGCAGUGGGAGACUGUGCCCACCUGCAGCUGCUGUCCACCAAUAACAGAAUUUUCACAGUGGUAUACCUUUUUGGCUUUCGAUCCAGCUGUCUCUCAUUUUCACUUGAUCCACUUCUUGUGGAAAGUGGACUUGGAUGAGGACGUGGAGCCAUUGGAGGAUCAGAUGUUGGAGGAUCAGACGUUGGUGUUCUGGUUGUGUGCCUACUCUUCUGAGACUGGGACAUGGGGUCAGAGCCAACCUGACUGGAAUGAACAAGGACAAUUGAAUGAACAAGGACAAUUGCAAGGAUGGCGCUAUCAGAGCAGACAAAUCAGCAGGCAUGCCUUUUUCAAUGGCUUCCUACAUUUUAUACCUGCUGGUUUUGAACAUUAUCAGAUGGUUCAACAUGAUCAGAUAGUUGCUCUGGAUGUACAAGGAAAGACUCAAAGGAUAAUCACAGUACCAGCUGCUGCAGAGGGGAGGCGUUGGGCAUAUGAUGGUUAUAUUGGUCAUUCCCAAGGGCGUCUGCAUUACAUCAACAAUGAAGUUGAUGCUCAUGACUAUAAACAGAGAUAUGAACUGUCUAUCUGGGUCCUUCAGGACUAUGAUAAACAAGAAUGGCUGUUGAAGGACACUGAGCGUUUUGAAGCUCUCUGGAAAAAUGAGCUGCACAGGCAGCAUCCCAUGAACCGACACCGACUAAUAGCAUAUGACAUGGACCGCAAGGAAGUGAGUGUUAUUGCCACUUUUGAACAUGAAAUUUGGGAUGAUAAGAUAGCUCCUUAUGUCCCCUAUUUCUCGGAGUCACCGGCGCUUACAAAUAAGCUCUGA